AUGGCACCCAAAGCCAAGGCGAGGCGUAUCCUCAUACGGCUCGUAUCGACCGCUCUGACCGGAUUCUUCUAUACGACCACUCGGGCAAGAUUAGGAGAGAAGCUAGCGAUGAUGAAGUAUGAUCCUAUGGUGAAGAAGCACGUCCUCUUCACCGAAGCCAAGAUCAAGUAG